AUGCCAAAAAACCAAGAGAAAACCCGAGGAUGGGUUUGCCGAACCGCGUCGCUGUUUGAACUGCCGGGACCCUCCGUCGUCUCGCUGCGAAACCUUCGACCCGCUCACCCAUCUCGCCGCCCUUACACUCUUCGCAGGAUAUACAGUUGCUCUUUCUGCCGUAACCACAACGCCUAUCACGACGACAUCAUCUCCAAGGCACGCCCCCGCAACCCAACACUGAUUUUCCCGACACCUCCUCCUCCUCCCGCGACUUUCUUUUCCGUUGCGUUCCAGGGUCGCCACGGCCGCGCGUAUCUAUUCAACGACGUCGCUAACAUCACCCUCGGCGGCAAGGAGGACCGCCUCCUCAUGACCGGGCUUCACACCGUCCGGGACGUCUUCUGCGCGUCCUGCAGCUCGCUGCUGGGAUGGAAGUACGAUUUUGCGUACGAGCAGAGCCAAAAGUACAAGGAGGGAAAGUUCAUCGUGGAGAAGGCUAUGGUGCUGCACGAGGGAGGGUGGUGACUGUAUCGAACGAUGCGAAGUGUACAGUAUGUGAAGAGGACAACGGCCGACGCCGUCGAGUCAGUCCGAGCGAUCCGCCCGCGGCGGUGUGCAGCAUAAUAAUUUUUUAUGAAAAUGCUCUCAGAGCUUCU